AUGGAUUCAGUAUUGGCUGAAACAUCACUCAAUGUAAUGUAUUUUGGAGAAGACGAGGAUGUUAAUGAAAAUGAAGAGGAGGCAGAUUCUGUAAUAGUAGACACAGAAAAAUGUGCAAAAUUAAACUAUAAUAAGAAUAUAGCAGCUUUUAUUGAAAAAAGAGAAAUGAUGAGUAAUAUAAAACCUUUAGAAUGCAGUAAUAUUUUAAUAGAAAAUAUUACAUCAAAUUAUAUCAUUGUAAAGCAGAUUAUUAGUAACCUAUCCUGGCAAGAUAAAGCUAUGUGCAAGCUUGUAUGUAGCAAUUGGUACUCUGCUGUACAAACAUUACAAAAAGAGCAAAUAUCACCUGAAGACUUUGUUAUAGACUUGUGUUAUUCCCUAAGGAGUGGAGGUGGGAAAGGAUGGUUUAAAAAGUCUGGAAUUUUUUACACAGAGCCUUUGGUGAUUCUUACAUUUGCAAAUACAGCUGGCUUUUGUGCUGUGAGUAAAUGUAAGGUUAUUCAACCAAGGCCUUGUGAACAACAUUGUGAGAAAGAGCACUGUUUAAUGGAUUUGAUAAAUUUUCAUGUUAAUGCUCCAAAAAAUUGUAUGAUGACUGUUAAAGCUAACUACUUGGUGUACAGACCUCUAGCUCAUUCAAAUACUUACGGACAUUCAAUAACACAUUAUAAAUACACAUGGACCAACCCUUUUAUUGCUGGAAUAUUUAUACCUAAGAUCCCAGAUGUGAGUUUUCAAGUUCUAAAUAUUAGAUCUCAGAAUAGUUUACAGCAAGAGUUUUAUGAUGUGGUCGAUAAAUUAUCAAAAGAUCAUAUAAUUAAAGGUGUCCUUGUUUAUGUUACUGAGAAAUAUUUACUAAAUUCUGUGGAAGAUAUUGUUUUUUUGAAUUAUUUUAAAGAUGUGCAACCUAAUGUUCCCUAUGCUCUCGGAGGUUGUAUUGUGGAAGACACUAUGUCAGAAAAUAGUGAUAUUAAUUUACUAGUGGACAGCGUGAAUGAAGGUGCUGAUUUUAUAAGUGAGAACUUGCUGUCUAUUGGCUUGUUUACUAUACCAAAGAAAUCCAAUAAUAAUGAAUACAAUUUUGAAAUGUACUCUUUUAUUAUUGAAUCAUCAGACUGGGAUAAACCUAAGAUACAGGAGUCAGUUACAGAGUUUUCAAAAAAAGUACCUCGGUUUGAGCACAGCAUUGCUCUAAAACUUUCAUGUGUUGGUCGCGAUCGGAAACAUGUGCUGGAACAAGAUUGUUUUCGAGCUGCUUUUCCAAACACACCAAUAGUGGGUUGUUAUGGCAAUGGUGAGUUAGGCAUUCACCACCCUGCAAGACCAGAGCCUGAGGCCUUGCCUAAUGCUAUCAAAAGACACCGACGGGACCCUGGACCUCAGUUUGGAAUUAUGUAUUCAUACUCAACAGUUUUUGUUUAUAUUGGAUGGGGUAAAAUAAUAUCACCACAAGGACCUCUUUGA